UCUUAUUAUUAUUAAAUUGUGACUGUAAUGACAGGGAAACAAAUACAAGAAAUGGAUAACUCACACAGAUCAAUAAAAUAAAAUUUUAAAAAUUGGUCAGUAAUUUACAAGCAUAAAAUCUGUUCCAUACAAGAAUACUUCAGAGCAAGCUGCGAAAAUUAUGAAUCAGAAUGCCAAAUCAGUACUAACAUAGACUUGGAAAAAGUGCAAAAGGAGAUGGUACCAAUUUGUGUAUUAUCUAGGAGUGAAAACAAUGCAGAGAAAUUGAGAGUCAUACAUAUUUAUUAUUGCUCAAAAUAUUUCUGGUGGUGGUAAUAGUUUUAUUCAUUGGCAGAUUACUUUUACAAGGAUACCGGACAUGUCUUGGUACUACAUUUUAAGAAUGAUAAAAAUAAUGAAGUUCAUGUAUACAGGUAUUUACAUACUUACAUGUCUAGUCUGCCAAUAAUGGAACAGGUAGUUGGCUGUAGCCUUGUAAUAGACGCCACCCUGACAUUUGCCUGAAGUAAUUUAGGAAAACCACAGAAAAGCUAUAUCAAGUUGGCUGGAUGAAGAUCUGUACCUUCACCUUCCUCAAUAUAACGCCAGUCUGUAUAAAACAGUACUAUCUUACUUUGUUUAUCCUAAGAGUACGAUACUGUUUUGCAAAGAAGUUAUUUAAUAAUUGUAAAAAACUAGUGCCAUCCUGAUCAUUAAUUUCUCACUUCCCCUUGCUGCACAUGGUAUACGCACAUUGUUUCAUAAUGUAACACUAUACACAUUAUCAGCUAAGAAAAGGACCAUAGUGACAAUGUUUGCUUUCCAUUUUGUGUGCCCCUAUUCUGAAAAACUGAGUCAGCUGUUGUGUGAGAUGUUGAGCUUAGAAAGAAGCAUAGCUUUUGGAAUAAAAUUUUCCAGAAAAGAAUAAAAGAAAUGAAAAAGAAAAAACAGAGUGUGAAAGUGUUAUGUGAAAUGAUAGCUGUUUUAUCAUCAUUGUUGUUAUCAUUUGUUUGAGUUAUAUUUUUUUGAUAUAUCUAUACCCUGUGUUAUCUACGUAAUCCUUCACUAUGUACAAUGUAUUGCUUAAUAGGUAUUUUUAAACUGCUUUUUUAAAUAAGCUUGUCUUUGUAAUUUUAUUGGGUAGUUUACUGUACAGUUUUAUUCCUUGGUAGAAAAUGCUCCUCUGACUUUUAUGGUUAUACUUUCUUCAUAAAUGAUAGUUCAGUGUAGCUCUUGUUACAUCAUCAUUAAUUUUUCUGACUGAUUAAAUCUGUGUGCAGGAUCAGGACUCAAACCUGGGGCCUUUCCCUUUCACGAGCAAGUACUCUAGCGACUGAGCUACCCAAGCAUAAAUCACGACCUGUCCUUCCAGAUUUACUUCCACCAAUAUGUCAUUUUCUUCCUUCCAACCCUCACAGAAGUUUGUGGGGUAAUUAUCAAUAUUAUUUUUGAUAUGUACAGUUGACUGGUAAAUGUACUCACAUGAUGCAGUUAAAAUACCCUGCGUUUUUAACAGUUAUUUAAGAGGCCCUUUUCUGUUGUUUUAAAACUGUGUUCAUAUUUUGCAUGUUUGUUCUCCAGGAAAGAAUGCCAUACCUAACAACAGUAUGUAACUGAAACACACUUGCUGUUACACGCUGAUGACAGAAUUUGAUUUCUUAGUGACUAUAACAUUACUAUCAUCAGUAAACAGGAUUUUUUUUCCCCAUGAUGAACACUAUUGAAAAAGUCACUGAUGUAUAUCAGAAAGAUUAUUGGCCCUAAUAUGCCACACUAGAAGCUGCUGUAAAGAAAAAUUGCUUGUUUGAAUAUGUCCCAGGUUUUUUGACCAAUGUUUGAUUAUUUUUCUGAUGUUUUGCCAGCAUGAGUAGCUGGCAUUGUCGAAACUUCACCCUGCGCUGCUGGUGGUGGACUGGAGACAAGCUCAUGGCUGCAGAUUAUAUGUACCUGAAGCGCCACUGUCCAAGGGCUUUCCCAUGGUCGUUACCGCUGCAGUUCUCACCCUUGCUGCCUGCAACAGUUGUUCGCUGCAGAACAGAAGUCCAGGGUCCACUCAGCUUGAGGAUUUCUUCUUUCUUGUUGAAGCUAUUUUCAUGUUUGUGUAUCUCUACAGCUUCCCUCGAUAAGCAUGUACGAGAGCUCUUCUCUAUAGCAAGAAGUUCCGUGUCGCUCAAUUUUUAUGUGUGUUUGGUCUCAGGAACAUACUGCAUAUCGUGUAAAUGUGAAGAAAUCUAUGAUGGAAUGACUGGAUGAUCAAUCAGCAGCAGAAUCACUGAACAUAAGUAACACUACAGGUUGGGGUGGGUGGAAAAAUUGGCUGUGGAGGAGCCAGUCUACGUGAGAUCGAUCACACAGUAAAAUUCACUGACAUGGAAGUUCUUGCUACAGAGAAGAACUAUCAUACCUGCUUGUUCAGGGAAGCUAUAAAAUAAACAAAUAUGACAACACCUUCAACAAAAAAAGUGUCAAGGUGAGUGGGUCCUGUAUGUGUUCUGCAGCAAGGGGAGAACCAUAAAUGAAAUGCCCACAGAAAAGUCCUCGGAUGUUGGUGUGCCAGGUACACAUAAUAUGUGGCUGAGAGCUCAUCUCCAGUCAACCACUAGCAAUGGAGGGUGAAGCUUUGACAAUGCCAACCACUCUUGCUGGUGAAAAAUCAUUAAACAAACGUCUCCUGAAGAACCUGAGGCAGAAUCCCACUGGCAAUUUGUAAACAAGUGGCCAUGAAAGCCUUAACAAUUUUGAAUUCCUAUAUUAAUAUAGUUUGGUUCUGGUAAGUGUCUUUCUACAAGUUUUGAUUUAUACGAAGUUUGUGUUAUACCUACUCUUUGUGAUAGGUAUGAUCAGAAUCAGUCAUUAACUUUGCCUCUUGUUCCUAGCACUUCUAGCGUAUUUUGAAGUAUCUUACAGUCAACACUAGGCCUAUAAAAAGUCUUAGAAAAAUCUAAAAACAUGCUGGUGACACACUCACCUUUGUCAAGAGCAUCAAGUUCCACUUUUCUGAGUUCUACUACAGCUGAUUCUGUACUUUUACCACUUUAGAAACCAAACUGCGAUUCAUUAUUCACUUAUUCAAGCAGUUCACUAAUCACAUAAUUUAUGAAAAGGAGAGACUAUCACUCACCGUAACGAUGACACACUGAGUUACAGACAGGCAUAACAAAAAGACUGUUAUAAAUUAAGCUUUUGGCCAGAGCCAUCUUCAGAAAAGAAAAUUCACACACAUUCACAUAAGUGGGCACACUUCAUGCAUCCACAACCACUAUUUCUCAGACUACAGCUGCUCUUGCUAUAGUGGGUGGAGAUAGAAGUCAUGUACGCAUGACGUGUCUGCUUAUGUGGAUGUGUGUACUUUCCUUUCUUCUCUGAAGUAAGCUCUGGCUGAGAGAUUAGUGUGUAACAGUCUUUUUGUUGUGCCUGUCUGCAACUCGACAUGUCAGCUUUAAGGUGAGUAGCAGUCUACCUUUUCAUAACUGUCGAUAUUCCAACAUGGGCUUUCCAUUUUUAAUUCACUAAUCUAUCAGUCAUAAUUGAUUCUAUUACUUUUGAGAAUGAUCACAGCAGGGUAAUAGGCUGGUAGUUUUAUAUGUCUUUUGCAGUAUAGAUAGAGAUACAAACUGACUGUUGUAAAUACUCUGGAUAUUUCCCUGAUGUGAAUGAUUCAUUUAUUGCAUGUGUUAGGGGAGCUUCUAUACUCUGUAUGCAUUGUUCGAGCUCACACAUUUCUGCUUCACCUAUACUUUUUACGUUUAAUGUUUUCUACGGUUUUACUGACUUAAUCCUUGGUAGUAAUAUCAUUGUACAUAGUACAAAUUUAAUUACACGUGCUAUAUUUGUUUUGGAAAAUUUCUGUAGUAAUUUCCCUCAAAUACCUGGAAAAUGCUUGUUCACAUUGCCAGCUUGUGCUGAUCAUUUAUACUUUAUCCACCUCCCUUAUCAGUAUGCUUUUAUUCCUUUGUUUCUCUCUCCCCCUGUUUCCUUUUUAAUGACACCCCUGCCUGCUUUGCCUUUAUUCUCUGCACUAUGUUAUUUUGUCAUCAAAUUACUUUUUUCCAGCAGUUAGCGUCUUUCUAUAUACCUUUUCGUACCUGUGAUGGAAAUUUAAGAAUUGUGGCUCAUUGUGACUCUUUUAAUGAAACUGGGAAACUUUGAAGGUAUCUGAGGUCUUCCUAAUAUAUGCUGUUACUCUUUUUUUUUUUUUGUGUGGAACAUAGAUACCGAUGUACAUUUUUUUGGAAAUGUGUUUUCAAUGUUCAAUUUAAAUCAUACUGGGAAUUUCCCAUUUACAUUGAUUUCUCUAUAUACUCAUCCCAAUUUUGGUUAGCUAGUUCUCUUGAAACACCUUUUACUUUGAUGUCUGAUACAUAUCUUCGGUAGGCUCUAAGCCUACAGUUCAGGGAGUUUUUCCCAUACCAAAUUUUACUUUUAUUAUUUAGGAGAGAUGUUCUCCAAGAACUAAUCUUUUGCAGCUACAUUACACUUAUCUUUGUCAAUAUUUAUGGUGAUAUCAUCAAUUACUAAUGCAGUCAUUGUACUAACACUUGUUGCACUAUUGACAAACAGGAACAUAAAAAAAGGAGGAUAUUGAUGAGGGUGCUAAGGGUUUAAUUUAUAUUUGUAUGUAUGACUCCACACAAAAUUAUGUUGAGUUCUGUAGUUCACAGUUUACUUGGAACUUCUAUAAGUUAUUGAAAAGUGUGUCCACACCACUAAUGGUUGACUGAUAUACACACAAAAUGCUAAAUUUCUUGAUGAUGUCAUGCUCUGUUAAUUCAGUAGCUAAUAUUUCAAAUUGUUUGUCUUUACUUGCUCUAUUAACAUCAUGUUCUGAUUUGAACUGUUCCUUUUUCUUAUAUAAAUGCAUGAUCCUCCACCCUUUGAAGUAAUACUACAGUAAAAGUCUGUUCUUUCAUACUAUGAGGAUACUAAAUGUUGGACUUUAUCGUGAAAGUGAUUAUUGCAGAAUUAUUAAAAUCCUGGAAAUAGUCUUUAUACAGGGGACCUGUUGUCUCGAUUUAUCCUAAAAGAGAGCUCUUCUCCCACCCAUGACAACAGGUAUUUGACUUCGCAUGUACCAAGAUCCACCACCUAAUUUCCAUGAACUAGCUCUACCAAUCUUCCCUUUCCAGUUCUGUUUAGGUGUAGGCCAUGCCUAGUGAAACCCCAUUUAUUGAUAAUCCCAAUGGGUACCAGAACAACAUGUGUGAAGUUGGCUCCCAUCACCCUCUCUAACCUCACUUUAACUCACCUCGCAACUCCUUUUAAGCAUGGCCGAUGAAGAUGCUGGAACAAUUUGACAAAGUAUACAUCAGUGCCAUGAGUCAGGGAAGCUAUCUUAUCCAGUUCACCAUUUACGUCCCUCCUCUCCACCUGCUAUCACUCCAUGAUCUUCUCCUGAAAAACCUUUAUAUAAAAAGACUCAGUCUUUUAUACCUUGACUUAACUGUGCAUUUGGUUCAAAAAUGUGGCCUGGUACACUGCUCCCAAGCUUUCCUGUUACUGAGGGUCUAAUUUACACAAGCCUACGGCCCAGGACAGCACUUUCUUAUUCCUAACAAUCUGCAUAUUUCUAGGCUACCUGAUCUUGAUUGACAUAUACUGCACAUUUCCUGCUCCUAGUCUUACACGAGGUUCUUCCUCACACAGUUCUGGCAGUGAUGGAUACAUAUUUUUAGUGUUGCCGAUAAACCUAUCUAAACACUUGCUCUUUCUCCCUGCCUUUGUACCAACUGCCAGUUGCCAAACAUCCCAUGUGUCUCCCUUGAUCCUGAUUAAUUUAUUACUUGCUUUCUCCAAUUGUACCUGAAAGGCCACAGAUUUUCCCUUACUGCACCUCAGUCAAAAUGUUUCUGCUGAACACUGCAUUUCCACGAAAGGAGCCUCUUCUGUUUUCACAAUAUUUUUUCUCCCCACUACCUCCAUCCAGUGAAAACAUUUAAAACAAAACUGGUAACGAAUCUCCAUGCUCACUACACUGUAACAGCUCCCACAUUUUAAACUCCUAGUUAAUGUCAAAAGAUGAACAAGUUUCACUUGAAGGAUUUAUUAUACAAAAUUUGUCUAUGACGCAAGUUUGGUUGUACGUAAACAAAAAGGAAAUAAACGUGUCUUGCGCCCAUACCCCUGUUUUUGAAAUAUUUUAGAGAGGUAAUGGCAGAAUUAUUAAUUACGAGUAGCUUUGCACUGAGGGAACUCGAGUUGUCAAGAUUGUUUAGUUAAGUCUCUAAACGUUUGUGGCUCGGGAAACUUAGGCUUCUAUUCCAUCUAUUCAUCUAGCAACUAAUAAUAAAAAUGUUCAGAAAUACAUUUAAUUGAGCUUAUAUGACGAGUUACAUACUACUAACGAACUACUACCUGCAUGGAGCCCCACCCCCUUCCUUUUCUCUCUCUUUUUUAAUAGAAUUUUCGAUGUUUACAGCACGCAAAAUUUCAGCCUACGUCGAGUCUAUGAGGAUGUCCAGUAACAAUUUGUCUUAAGAAAAAUAAUCAAUGAUCAAAGAAUAGCAAUUAAUAGCACAACGGCUCAUGAAACAGGAAACUGAAUAUAGCACACUUAAUGAAGUACUAUACUUUGGCACUAAAAUGUAACGUAAAAACGACAAAAAAAUUUAGAAAUCGGAAUUAAGUGUCCCGCGGAUGUUAUGAACGCUAGGACUAGCUUUGGUUCAAAGAAAUACGGCACUAUACAACUUAUAAUCACGCCUCCUCCUACUUGCAGGUAGCCGUGAUAUGACGCAAAUCAAUUUGUAAUAUGAAUAAUAGACACAAUUAUGUAAAAAAAAAAGGAGGGGGGAGGGAAAUCAAAAGUGUUGUAUAUCGAAGGGAAGCCGGAAUCUACAUUUAAAACGUUAUUGAAAUCAUGUGUAUGACUGAACGAUUUCUUGAUGUCUUCUUUAAGGGGCAUGCAAAAUCAGAUUUUAUAGAACUAGAAGACUGCAUCAGCGAUAUAAAAAUAUAGCACAACGGGUAUCAGCAACUGUCUCCUAGUUUACUUCGCGACACACAUUCAAGUCAUUUUAAGCCAAAGAAAUAAAUAGUAAUUCUUUCCAGUGUAUUUUAAACGAUAAUUACUCUGCGCGUACUGAGACACUAGAAAGUGGAUUAAUUAUAUUCAUUAGAUUACGCGACGCUACGAAUUGCAUGGUUAACAUCACUGCCUGGAAAACCACAGUUUUUAUCCUCCCUCUGAGAGUUGCGCUGUCAGCUAAACAAUAUUAACCUUUCGUACUACGUUUUCACUAUGCACAGUAAAUAAUAAAUUACGUCCAUCCCACUAUCUUCCACGCGAUGCCCUACGCGUAGCGUGAUGGCUGCAAUGAUUUAUGUGUGCCAUUUUGGUAACACCUCAAAGACUGUAUCGGCAUCUCCGUUGGAAAGUGACAUCUUUGAUACGAUUUCCUUGGACUCGUUUCUCCGCAAUUCUAAAAUUGCAACGUUUUUAAAAAAGAAAUAUAAAGCCCUGUGAUAGUUAUAAUGCCUCACUCACACACAAGAAAAUAAAGCGAACUGUCCACGUGCAUUUAUGUUUUCUGAGAUGACUGACAUAUGCCAAAUGAAUGCGCUUUCAGUGAAAGUCGCAACAUUCUAUUUGGUUUAUUUGACAACCCCAAGCGAACAAAUAAAACAGAAUGGCGUAGAGUUUUUUUGAGCAUUGCAAACAAAUCGUGGUUGUGUUUCCGAAAAGUAUCCUUAAUGUUCAUCCGAAAUGAAACGAAAUGAUAUUUUUAGGUGAUUGUUAGACUGGAAUAUCAAAAUACUGCACCCCUUAAUUUAUUUAGGGUGGUAAACAGAUUUGUGAAGAACUUGCUGUGCGAAAUUCAAUGUAUACGAGAUGAGGUUAAAUUUGGCGUUAAAGAUUAAUUAAAUGUACUGAAAAGCGCGCGCUUUUCAAUGAAAUCCGGCAGAUUACUCGAUUUAAUUCGGUAAAAAGUAGAAAUAUUAAUAUACCGGACUUUUCUUUUUGUUUAAAGAAAAGGAGAGGCAAUGGGUGUUGCAUUUAAGAGCCGUACGUCUCCUGUUAAGUGUCAGUUACUGAAAUGUUAUUAUGAAGGUGGAACAGAAAUCCACGGGUGACCACAUGGGUGCACGAUGUACAGCGUCUAUACGAUGCCGGAGACAACUGAUGAAGAGAUCCUCAAGAAUGGGCACGGUGAAGACUUCAACACUGAAGAUGAGGAAGAGGAGGAUAAUGAGCACAAUAGUAAUGGUGUCGCAGCAGAAGCAAAUGGCUGGUGUGCUCGCCAAAGUAAUGUAGAUGGUAACAGGGUUAUACUUGUGGGUCGGAUCGACCCCAUGGAGCAUGUGGAACCCGUGUACGGAACGGACGAGGACAUCGAAGGAGACAAUGACGACGAUGAUGAUGACAAUGACGACGGCGGUGACAGCCCGGCCAUAGACCGUGACGGUUGUGGCAGCGACUGCUCCCAUGGUCGGUCCGAGGAGAUCGCAGCUGAAAGUGAUGGCAGUGUCCUCGAUGCAUGGGCGGGCGGCAGCGACGUGGCUGGGGGCGUGGCAGCGGAGGACCCUCUGCCUCCGCUCCUGCCGCCUCCCCUGCCGCUGCCACUGCUCUACCCGGUGCAGUCACCGCCUGUGCUCCCCGAUGAGGCAGCUCUGUUCUCGAGGCAGGCUACUGCCUUCUGUGGCAGCAGCUUCCUACAGGAGAGGUUCAGUGCUCUGAUCGGGCCGGAGACCUCUCGGCAUGCUGGAGACCCGCGACCUCCGGCCGUCGCGCUCGGUCCCUGGGGUGGGCUCGCCGUCCCUCUCUCUGCGGGCGCUGCGCUCCCUCCCCGCCCGUCCCGGACUGCACCUCCCGUACCGGCAGCAGUGCCACCCCACCGGUUCUCGACACCUCCCGCCCCGGAGUCCGCCCCCGGCACCUUCAGUCUAGAGAACCUCCUGCGUGGUGGAGGCGGCGGAGGUGACGACCGGCCGUACUGCUGCCCCGUCUGCCAGCAGCGCUUCGCCCGCUACAGCCACUAUGCCCGUCACCUGUACUUCGCUCACGAGAAUGAGGGAAAGCACGUGCGGCCGCCCAGUUCAGGGAUUCAUCCUGAGGUAUCACUAGUGACGAGAGAUGCCCCGCUGCCAGUAAACAGCGAGGUGCCAGGGGGGUCUCAGGAAGGUCCGACUAAUGCGACGUUCGUUUACGGAGACACGCUAAUCUUCAGGGGAGCUCCCAAGAUACCAAAUGCACCGUCUCCUCGGGUUCUCUCCCCGGCCUCGGGCAUGCCGCUCCCACCCCAUUCCCGUCCGGGCGGACUGGGCAACGGCUCCGGUGCCCGGACCUACGACUGCCCAGUGUGUGAGAAGACGUUCCCGGACCGUGAGUCGCGGGCCCGCCACGCACAGGAGCACGAGCAGUUCCACUGUGACGUCUGCGGCCGCGGAUUCCGCGAUGAGGUUGAGCGCGACCACCAUGCCAGCAUGUAUGCCGGCAAGCCUGCGCACAAGUGUGAUGCUUGUGGGAAGUGCUUCCACCUCACCCACAGCUUCGCCCGCCACAUGCGCACCCACACAGGCGAGCAGCCAUUUGCGUGUGAUGUGUGUGGGAAGCGCUUCAACGACAGCGGCAACAUGGCCAAACACAUGCGCACACACACUGGGGACCUGCCCUAUCCGUGCCCGCAGUGCCCGAGGCGCUUCAGUGACCGUGCGAACCGUGCGAAGCAUGCGCGCACGCACCACGGUGACGACAGACCUUUCCCCUGCAUGGAGUGCGGGCGCACCUUCGCCAACGGCAGCAACCUGGCGCGCCACCUGAAGGCGGCCCACCGCCACCGGCCGCCAGUGCCGGCUCUGCCAUCUCACUUCAUCCCCGGUGCACUCCUGCUGCCACCUCUGCCGCCGCUGUCCCCGCCCCCGCACCACCACCUCCUGGCAGAGGGGGUCGACGCGGGACACCCUGGCACUGGGCGGAACGGAGGUGUCGUCUGUUAGGCUAUCCGGCUGAUGGGCGAGCAGUCUCGUGUAGUGGUGCUUUUGCCAGAGGAAUGCCUGUUUGGAGGACAAAAAUAAACCACAUGUGCUGCUGUCGACUGUGGACUGGAAAGAGUGUUGUUUUCACUGAAGGUGCCACAGCCAGGCGGUCUUUGAGAUGCCUACAUCAGUUAACCGAAUACGUUGGUAUGACAGUAUUAGUCUCUUGUUGUUGAGGAGAAUUUGUCAGGUGUAGGUGAUUACUUAAUUAAUUGGUACCUUCCUCUUAAGUGCCCCAAUGGCAGAAAGGUACUGAAACUGAACAUUGUUAUCGUGCUUGAAGUGUACUCUGUUGUAUAUUUUAUGUGCUGGCAGUGUAGUUGUGAAGAGCUUUGUUUUGUUACAGAACGUGACUGUAUAGAGGAUGUGGACUCACUCCAUUUGUAGUCAUUUAUGUUCUUUGCAAAUGUAAGGUUGUUCAGUCCCUCAUAAUUGUGUACCUAGGUGAAUCGUUUGUUCUUCCAUGUGUGUCUGCACUGACAGUGAUAAAAUCUGUCUGGAGCUAGAAUAGUAUUUUUGUCAAAUGUAACACAGGAUCCCUCUAAUGCAAAGCUCUAUUAUGUUACUGUACUUAGACCUCGUAAAGUACUAUUUAUUCCUUAACAGGUUAGUUUGUAGGAGGUGGAAGUGACAAACUGAAGUUCACUUUAGUGAAGUUUGAAUAUUUUGUUACAAAUCAUUUGUUGCCACACUUGUGUACAGAUUUGAUUUCUCAACGUGAGAAACUUUAUUUUUAUAACAUUGUUUUCUUUUCUUACACUGGGAAUUCAAAGAAACAGUGUGUUUUGGUAGUUAGAUAUGCAUUUCUGAUGAGGAACAAACUGAAAAGUGCUCAUCCUCCAUGUGAGGUUUGCACAGUGGGAACUGUGUCACAUUUCUUAAAUUUUUUACUCAUAAUGAAAAUUGACUUUUGUUUCGAGUGAAAUGUAUCCUUGUAUUGCCGUUUGACAAAUGUGGCCACAGUCAAUGCUUUAAAUUUAAUGAUUGGUUUUUAAAGUAUUAAGUAUCUUACAUUGAAUUUUUAGUGUAGACCAUAAUGAUAGUUGCACCAUAUUUGAACGACAGUCACAGUUGAAAUAUAAACAUUAAAUUAAUGUGAAAUGAAUUGCAUGUGGUCUCUGACUCUGAGAUAAUACCUGAAUUGAGCUCAAGCCUGAGGCUUGGCGGGCAGGAAGGGGGGGGGGGGGGGAAUGGGUAUCAGAAUGCAUGAAAUUUUGAAGAAGCAUGUAUUAUCAGCAACACACAAAAUAUAUGAAAAGGAAAUGUAGCUUUGUACCUGACCAUAAUUUUUCAAAAAUGUGUCUCGGUUUAUUUACUACCACAGUGAGGCUUGUACUAAACUGUCUCUUUGCGACAGGUUAAAACCGUGAACUACACGGAAAUUGUGGAAAUGUCUUCUCAGUAACUGUGACUGAAACAGUUCUGCCCCCUACUCUUUUUUCCUUCCCUGUUCUGGGAUUCAUAAGGUGGGAUAUUUAAUCUCUACCAAUUAUGCUCCAGUAUCAUAUUUUAAGAUUUCACCUUCUCACUGUUGAGAUAUUGUAUUUUUUGAAGGUGUAAACACUUUUGCCUGUUCUUUACUGUUUAAUUAUGUUACAUGUACAGUAGGUUACAGUAUCAUAAAUUUGGAGAGUUUUAGAUAUUUUUUACCAUAUUGCUCACUUUUUGAUAUAAUGUACUGUGACCAAAACUGCAAAUUUUUCUGUAAUCUUGUUUUGCAUGUCUGUUAUUGAUCAUCUCAAGGCAUUACUUAUUUACUUCUUCCUGAGUAAUGUUUUUGUCCCGUUCCUGCUGUCUACCUUCCUCAUUUUCUUUUUUUUAAAACAGUAAUUCUCCUGUGGGACAUCUUUACUGGACGCACUGGGCAACAGCAGCAUUUUACAAAGCUGUUGUUUCAUUUUUGUGCUGUAAUUUCUGCUGUUAGACUCCUCUUUUGUCUCAUUUGUUGGACAGGUUCCUUCGUUCCUUGUACUUUCAUUGGAAUCUGUUGUUGUUGCUCUGACUGCAGAUUCAGACUGACUGUUCUUCCUUUGGAUCUGUGCAAAUAAGACUGUCGCCCACUUUGCUUUUAUCUGUAUUUCAUAAGCUGUGCUGCCAGUACUCAGUUAAGCUCUGAUACUGUCGCUUCUAAUUUUACUCAUAAGAAUCGUGCUCUCACUUUAGUUAAUCUCAGACAUUUGUAUUCUUCUCUUUUGUUGCCAUCAUGCCAGUCUUUUUUCUGUGAUAAAAUAAAAGGGUAAACUUUGAGAUAUUGAAAUAUGUUCUAAUUUUUAGAUCAUUCCUCAUACAUAUCAUGCACUGAAUGUACAUAUUGUCAGUUAGGGUCUCUUAAACAGUAACAUUUUUUUUCUACAAAAUUGCAUCUGAUUCUGGUGCAGAGACUGAAGUACUAGGUACAGUUUGUUGUCCCAGUUGCACCUUAAUUUCGUGUAUACUGCGUAGUAUGAAGUGUACGUGUUUGCAGCUCAUUUGCAUUAUAUACACAGCAGUAUUUGAGUAGCUUACUGAUGUCAGUUUAUGUGUACCUAGAACAAUAGAAUCGGUUCGAUUUUUGCAGCUUGGUUACUGUGUUUUUGUUAGCGUAUGAUUUAGUCAGUAAAUGUAUGAAAAUCUUCAGCUCCCUGUCCUUGGCCAGACUGCUCAAUAGAUACUAUUCAUUAAACAUAAAAACAGACUGGAAUGUUAGUGGUUUAAAGUCUGACGAUGUUGUACGAGAGAGCACAGAUAGGAGGUUGCACAUUUUUAACUGAUGAUGCCGUUAAACAUACUAGAUAUUACGGUAGCAUUUAUCAGUGUGUAAACUGUCACGUGUAUGUUUUCAAGGAAUGCAGGUGUUGUCAAAUAAAAUUUAAUUUUGUUUCCGUUUUAAAAUGGAAAAGGAGGUAGAUAUAAAUGUAGCGAAGCUUAUUGGAAUUAACCAGAAUUCUGUAGUGUCACUGUGGAUCUGUACAUAUAUGUUGAGUGCUUUUUAUUUAUUGAGAAAUAUUGUACUGUGGAUGUUAAAAUAUUUGUAAUGUUUGUACAUGUGCUUAUACAAGAAGGCUGGAAAUUGGCCAGUAAUUGCCUCCAAGAGAUGAAAUUCUGAGCUUGUUGGAUCACAAAUUUAAAAGUAUAAAAAAAACAAAUGUAGCUUUUGAAAUUAUUAGUUCUUUUCUUGAGGAGAAAGCUACAGAUUAUUUUUUCUACUUUUAGAUGUAUCUUUCAGCAUACUUAAAUUUUCACCUCCUGGCCAGACAUCCUGUCUUCUUGUAAUUUUGAACUUUUGUCAUGUGAAUGUUACUGGUAUAGUACAUAUUUUGAAUAAUGGUGUACAUGAAUAACUUUGUUGCAGUGCCUAGGUUACAAACAAGAGCUAUCAUCAUAUGUAGUUUUAAGUAGAGGAGUGAUUGGUACACCCCACUAUGAAUGCGGAAUUCUGUUGUUCUAGAGAUACAGUGCGCAUUUGCUGUCCUUCUGUAAAAGCAAAUGAAUGGAACCUCAGACAUUUUUGAGUUUCAGCCUGAAAAUAGUAUUGUAUAAGAGAGCAGAAUUUAUAGCAGUGUUGUUUUGCGACUAGGUUUUUGUUUAUAGUGGGAUUCAACUCAAAGCAGUCAUGGCAAUUGUGGCACUUUGAGUACUUUUAAUGUAGAAAUUGGAUAUGAUGAUGGGUGCAACGUCUCUUACUGCUGAUUACAGGGUGAUGGCUAAUAGUCUCUCUCUCUCUCUCUCUCUCUCUCUCUCUCUCUCUCUCUCUCUCUCUCUCUCUCUCACCAACUGUGAUGAUUUUCAACCCGAUAGCUUUAUAUAUGUUUUGUGUUACUUUAUGCAGAGAAAAGCAGUGUCAAUGUAAAGAAUGGCCAACAAAAAUUGGUGAUGUAUGACUUAAUCACAAGUGAGAUUGUUGUCUUUACAUGGAAAUGGUGUAAAUGUAUUCUAAUAGGCAGAAAAUGUUUUAUUACAUGACAGUCUUCACCUGCAGAGGCCUCUUUUUGAUUUGUUUACUGUCUGCCGAGCCACUGUGAGGCUUCUGUUGACGGGCACAAAUUUCACCCUCUAUAUGGCACCAUGUCAAAGGCCGAUAACUUGCUGAUCCUCAGUGCGUAGCGAGCUCCGUGCCGAGCUGGAUGUGUUCUGAAUGAGGAAGUAGUAGUUUGUCCAGCUGGCCCUUCACUGAUUCCUAACUGCUUGAGCAGACUAGGACAUGAUGGAGGCGGGAGUGUGCCAUACGUCAACAGGCUUUGAAGAAGGAUGCUACCUGUUGCAUUGGUGGUCUCUACUCUGUCAGCUGGCAUUUGUUCCAGGGCUGGUGGAGUACUGGGCAGACUUGUCAGCCUAGCAGCUGUUGUGUAAGGUAGAGUGGUUUUCUGCUGUUGCCAAAGGGAGGUGCCACUCCAGAAGAGACCAGUUCAGCCCUCUCACCCCAGUGCACUGCUGUAGGUCAUGACAGGGUCACGCCAUCUCAACUUUGUCACCUCCCUGGUGAGGUUCUCCUCAAAUUCCUUUUAGCCCAAUCACUCCUUUACCAUCUCCUCCAUCCAGCAAGCUCGGACAACUUGGUCUCUCGAGAAGACAGCAGCAUUCUCCACCGACCUCUGUGUGAUCCCCGAAUGCCAGGUGCUUGCCUGGAUUUUCUGUGAGGCUGUGGUCAGAUGCUUUACACAGUACUGUGCAUCCGACAGUGUACUGCAGCUCUCUUUACUUCUGGACUCGGUGACAGUGGAGUGAUCUGUUUCCUCUUAUUCUUUUUACUGUGACCUCUGAGCAUGUGCCCGCCCAUCUCUCAAACUGCACCGCCGGAACUGAAGUGGGACUGCAGGAACUUUUAGCCAGAGCGGCCUCCAACCACAGAGACCUCAUCCUACAGGUCAAUGCUGGCAAAUUGUUCUCCAUGGCCCCGAUCACUUCAGGGCAGGACAAGAAAGUGAAGGUUGACUAUGAGCUGACUUUUUGAGCCAGUAAUACGACUGUUCUGGUAUUGGUGGUGGGGACACGUUGGGUGGCUAGGCUCACAGUCACCUACUGUCAUAGGUAGUUCAUACCGACUGUGAAAUGAGGCCGAGGAGAGGCACUCUACUACAACGAUUUUAUGCAUCCGUUAGCCAGGUAGUGUUGUGGGAUACUGAAAAUGACUUAAAGAGUCAAAACUGGUGUAGCCAUUAAACAAAAUUUGUGUGUGCAUUCACUGGUAACAUUUUCAGGCUCCCUUCAGAUAGUGCUAAUGUACAUUACAAUAACACAAACUGUGUUGUGACAUGUCAGAUACUCAGAGUUGUAUGCUUACAUUUAUGGUUUCACAUUCAGAUUCUGGAGCAGAUAAAGAUGUAGAAAAAUCUUCCAUUUGCUGUAUGAAAAUGGAUGCAGACAUGAGGGUCACACAAAUGCUUGGUUAUUUCUCUUGGCUAAGGAGAGUGAAGGUCUAUAGCAAAUGAGACCAUUCAUGAAUGAAAUUUUCUGCUUGCCUUUCUCAGUUUUGAGGCUUUUUUGCUUUUCCACAGCCACAUCUUCAAUACAUGUUUGUAAUUUUGGAAUCUGUCCUAUAUGUAUGUGCCUCUCUGACUUUAACGUCUCAGCCUCUCGCUGACAUUUUGCAAUCUGUCAGUGUUCUGCAACCCAUUGUGCCUGCUGUGUCUCCUUUGAUGUGAGUCAUCCACAGUUAAAAGCCCUGAAUCAUCCUGUUUCUUCGACUUUCUCUCUUUUCUAAGAUGAAGGUGUAAGUUGUUCUGCAAAAUAUCACUUGUCAUUUUCAUUUGUCUUUACUUCCCUCCACACCCAGUUAGCGUUGUAUUUUCCAUUUUUACAUGUUUUUGGGGUUAUUUUAGACAUCAUUUCCCCCGUAGGCUACUACAGAUUUCUGGCAGUGUCUGUUGUUACUUUGGGAAUAGUGUGUUUGGAAGACAGGGAGGAACGUUACCAGAAACUGGCAUUAAGUGAGGUUAUGAGUCCUAAAGUGAUGGCUAUAUUUCAUUUAUAAUGAAGUAAUACUGUAAGAAUUAAAGCAGCUUUCUUGAGCUUAAAAUUAAAAACAUAAAACUUAAUGUAGAAUUUUUCUUUUCAGUUGCAGUAAUUAGCUUUGGGCAUACCACAAAGUUCAGGCUUUUGUUGUGGUAUAUCUCUGUUGAUAUUUAUUUCAAAAAUAAUGUUUGAUUUCAUAUUGAAAUGUAUUUUUGAGUGAGAGUCCAGUAUUUUUCUACAGCUCAUUGGUAUAUAGGUAUACAUUGUUACAGCUAUAUGAAGACUAAGAAACUAUUAUUAAGUAUGCGUAUGUAAUAACAAUUUUUUGUUGUGACUAUAAAAAUUUAGGAAGUAUAUCUUUUUUUCUGCAUUGUAGAAAAUUAUGUAGAUUAACUCAGGGAAAUAGCCAUAACUGAAUGGGAGCUGAAACGUGUAGAAUGAAAUCUUCCACCUCUUGUGACAUCCCUAACACUGUACCCUAAAAAUCUUUCUCUAUUUUGUGCCACUGUACCUAUUGUAUUCUAUUCUAUUUGUAGUAACAGCGUUGGCAAAAGGUUUUUACAUCUGUUUUUGGACUAGAUGUUUUUAAUGCAUGUGACAUGGUAUAUUGUGUGGUCUUGGGUAUCCUUCACUUGACUGCGUAGAAGCUUUGUAACCAUCACAGUGGUCUACUGAAUUUGAAGCAGAUUUGAUUUUUUUUAUUUUAUCAAUUUUAUUUAAGAUGUAUUGAGAUUUUAGGAAAUGAUUGACUGAAUAAACAAUUUAAGAGUGUAAUAUUAUUUUCAGUAUGGUUGACAUGAAUAAUAUGUUAAGAGUUUAAUUAAAGUCAUCAGUUUUAAUGAGAAAGGAAAAAACAGGUUUUUUGAACAAGAGAAGUUUACAUUGUUUUAGACCUCGUUUGAUUCCCUAUUUAGGUAUUCCGACAUUGCUUCACAGAAAAGCAAUAAGACACUUCAAUAAUAGUUUGAGAUUUAGAACUUUGGAAUUUAAAUAUUCAUUUGUUGCUUUUUAAAUGCAUAGAUCUGAAGAAAUUCACAAUCUCCAUUUUUAUCUGUUGUCUGUAUUUCUCUUAUAAAGUACCUGAAAUGGCGGUUGUUCUGAGUGAGAGCAGAAUAUGCUAAAAGAAAGGAGCAUUUUAUUUGUGGAUGACAUUUGAUAGUAGUUGUAGACAUCAUUAACGUAUUUCUGAUGUACGAUUGAAAAACAAACGUUACGGUUUGUGUCGUUGUGAAUAUGUAGUGCUCCUCGUGAGGAACUGGAAAAGUCGUGGUCUGUGUGUGUCAUAAAAUGUUGAGGUAGUUUGUCAUGGAUUAACAUAAAAUAAAAAAGUGUCCUCUCACAUGGAUCCAAGCUUAAGGUUUUCCAGAUAGCCAGAUAACUGUAUUGAUAGCUGCUGGCGCAGGUGCAGGUUUUGAUAGUAUACCUCACAUCCUAGUUCCAGCUCUUCGCAAGCCUGCAACACAAACCUGGAGGCUCAAAUCUGAAAGCUGUGGUGUUAGAAGCUCUAGAGGAAAGUUUAUGGCAACAAUUUUGAUAAAGUCCCCACAACUUUCUUUAAUGAUUUUGUGUAGGUAUUUCAAAGAUUUGACUUUGAAGCAUUGUGCUCUUGUGUUCUUUUUAUUGCUUGCUGUAUUCAUUGAAAUAUAAAAAAUAAUGCAGCAGUGUUCCAAACUGAUGUUAACGAUUAAGCUGUUGGUUUAGUUUCAUUUUUUGUUUGUUGCCAGCUUUGCCUGGGUGACAUUAAUGUAUUAUUUUCAUUUCACACGAGAGAUGUUUACAGUUCUUUUCGUAAGCAACUGUUGCAGUUGCUUCAUCAGCUAUAUUGUUUUCUUCUGGAAAGUUUGAAAGCAGUCAUUCAGUCUUAUUUGCACAAUUGACAACAUUCGAGACUUUAGGACUAGAAGAAGUACUUUUAACUUGGACAAUAUUAUGAAAAGGAUAGAUUACUGCUCACCAUAUAGAAGAGAUGUUGAGUUACAGACAUACAGAACAAUAAAGACUUCUAAAUGUGUGAGAUUUCAGCCAAAAGGCCUUCUUUUAAAAUAAGCAACAUGCAAGCACAAAUCACACGUACAUGGCCACUGUUUCUGACCAUUGAGGCUGCUGUCAGUGGCCAGAGACAAUGGUAGUGUGUGCAAGUUGUUCUUGCGUGAAUGUGUGAAUGUUGUCUCCUUUAGGAGGAGGUCUUUUUGCCGAAAGUUCACAUUUUUAGCAGACUUUUUUAUUGUGACUUUCUGUGAUUUAAAUAUCUCUGCUAUAUAAUGAGUGUAACAGUCUAUUCUUUGAUGGUAUUAUCAUUAUUCCAUCCUGGAUUUUCCAUUGUUAACUUUUAACUCAGGGGUGUUUUAAAACUGUUUUGAGAGAGGCCAUAAAACAUGAUGAAUUAAUCUGAAUGUAGAAGUACUGCAGAUCUUUCAAGUUUUGCAGAGAUUGCAAAUUACUUUGUACCAUUAAUUUGUUGAGCAGUUAAUUAUCACACAGUCAUUGUAGAGAAAGUACAUCUCACAUAUACUUGAGUGUAACAAGGUUACCUGUUCAAAAACUGUGUUUAUAUUUCAUCAAUGUCCAAGAAAAUAUGCAAUUGGAUUCACCAGUAUUCUUCCCUUCUGACAGAAUUUAUCAUCACUGUUUAUAAGAUAAAAUGUACUUAUGAACCCAACACAAUACUGCAGAUCAGAGUAUAUAAUUUCUUAAAAGAUAUCAUUGUCAGUGUUUAUAUAGUAGUUUGUGUGUGGAGUAUUAUUUUAGAAAAUGUAAAACUGUAUCUAGUAUCUACAUGUGUUGACUUAUAAUUGGUCAAUCUGAAUAAUUGCAUGAAGUACCUGUCACAUCUGUAGAUUAAGUUGAAGUGUGAGAAUCGUGGCAUUAAAUUGUCUACUGAAUAUCAUUUAUGACAACAAUAGUAAUCUAGCGCAACAUAUCGGCAUUGGAAAUUUGUAUCACAGAGUGAUGUUCGCCUGUUAGCUUUUGUUUCAGGUACUGCAUAUAUCAGUUUUGAUUAGUGGAAUAAUGCUAUUUCAUUCAGUGGCCCAAUUUUUGUAACACUAUUGUAGUGUUCCUGGUGGAAGAAGUCAGACAUUUAACUCUCUAAUCACUCCAAACCAGAUAUAUAUUUUCAGACACCUUUGAGAUUCAUGUUUAGAGAGGAAAAAUACUGCUUGUCAGUUAAAAAAAAAUCCUUAUUUUUUUGAGUUUUCACAGCACUAAUAAUUGAUGCAUAGUAUUCCAAAUUAAAACUUAAAAAAGCAAUAAACUGUUGUAAUUGCUUCAGAAAAGAACACCACAUAGUGUUUGAUGUGCUCACGACUAUUACCAGUACUAUGUAUACGAUGUAUCCUGCUUAUACUUAGAAGACUUUACAUGUAAUCAGAAUAGCAAAGUGAGUAACAGUAUAUGUGUCCAGAUAUUUUAGUUCCUAUUUGAGCAUUUGAGAUUUAUGCUCGUAAGUUGAAGUAUUUGUGUGCCAAAGUAGAUGUAUAUGUAUAUGUAUAUUUUUUUUAUGUCUCUCUUUGUGCCAUUAACAGAGAAUCUGUCCCUUCUUCUAGCAUUGUGUUAACUGAUACAUUAAAUCUGAUACUGUUUUUUGCGUUUGAUAUUAAGUAUAAUUUACUGUGGCUAACUUACUUAAAAUCUUAUUGUUCAUUCAUGUAUUGGUGGGGGUCAUAUUCAAGGCUACUAUCUGAUGUCGGAAUGGGAUUUAAUGCUCUGUCCUGCAGUCGACUGCUUCCACUAUCAGUUAAGGCACUGUUUCCAUUCUGCACCCAUUUCGGUCUCACAGCAGCUAGACCCCAUCUUCGGGUAGUGCUGGAUGACUGUUGCAGAAAUUACCUGCUAUUUUAAUUCUGAUAUUUUUUUUUUAAAUCCUGUGCCGAAAGCACCUGCCCAUGUAAUGCCAGAGAUAUUGAAGAAACAUGUGUUCUUGGAAAAUGAGGUCGUGCCUCGGGAUAGCAUAGCUGCUAACAGAUCUGGUGUUUCUUUUGGUACAAUAUUUGCCCAUAGAGACACUGUCAGAACUCGCACACUGUUUUAUAUGUGCAGACAGCUCAGAGUCCUGUGUUAUCUUUUGCAAGCCUGGGACGCAUUGUCUCAGUAUUACGACUCUUUGAGACCCGGUUCAUCUUCCCAUCAAUGAGACACAGCACUGCAGGACCAUGGGUGUCUUUCUUGCUCUACACACUUGCUAAUCCCAUAUGACCUCUUCAUCCCACCACUAUUUUAUGCGGACACAUUGUGUGGCCCACUCAAUUCCCGUGGCAAAUCUAUUUUAUCUGAUAUGACUCUAAAUCUGUGUGCUCGUGUGAUCGGAAGAGCAUACUCCUGUGCUUUGCUGGAGGUGGCUUGCAGGUAACAGUUGACUCCCAGGCCAGACACUCCACACACUAUCUCCUGUUUGCAGGGCUUUUUGUGUACCCAUUGUGUGGACUAACGUAUAUCUGUGAUGAGUAUAUUACAAAUUUGUUGAAAGGGGAAAAAAAAAGUUUCAAAUAGAUGUACUUCUGCAUUCGACCAUUUAGCCUCAAUGUCCAGUAGGGAACAUAUUUUUGAUUAUGUGAGAAAGUAGAUAUUUUCCUUUUUUGUGUUUCUGCCAAUGCCUUGGUGUACUUUGAACUCUCAUUCCAAUUUUCCUUUUCAACAUAUGAGUAGGUAAUUGUAGAAUUUAAUUAUAACAAGGUGUAAUUUAAAUUUGUACAAAAGUUAGAGGGGUUUUCAGAACAUAUUAUAUGUUAGUUUUGCACGAUGAGCUACAGCCAUGUGCCGUACGAGAACAGUGAUCUGGGUGUCCACGUAUUGUCGGUAGUACGUUGCCAUCUAAGGCCCCUGGGAUGACUCGGUGUCUGAGUCUUGCUUCCAAAUCCUGCUGGGCCCAUCUGACACUGCAUCCGCAUCUGCGCAGCCAAAAAGGCUAAGUGGCAGCUUAUAAUUCGUAACUUCACACUGGCUGCCGUCUGGCUUUCAGUUUGAACUUCUCACGUAUGUUAACUACUCGAAAAUUGAUGUGUGUUUAUCACUGCAAUUAUCUCUUUGUAGAAGUAUAUGCUCCCACCUCUUUGUCAGUUAUGUGCCUUCAACUGACCAGUACUGCAAGUCUGUCUGGUUCCUGGUCUCCCCCACCCCUCUUUCCACGAUGUGUUACCUGUAAUACUAGGGGUGUGGAGGUGUGACUAUGAAGUGGCAAUGAUUAAACACAGUUGUAUAAUUUUCCUACUCAUAGAUGACUGAACAAUAAGACUCAAUGCCAGAUGAAUUAUAGACUUUACUUGUAUUGUUUUUUAAUAUUGUAGCUUGUAAAAUUCUUAACUGUAGUACAUAUAUAUAUAUAUAUAUAUAUAUAUAUAUAUUUUUUUUUAAGGAAAUGUAGUAGAUUUGUGUAAUGGCUUCAGUGCUAGUGAGGCACAAUAUGGGAUGCAGUCUGAAGAGCUGGGGCCUUAUGUAUAUCUUGUGAAAGCAGCAGGCAGCCACAUCAAGAAGGUUCUGUAGGUAUCGAGUUCCUUCAAGUACUCAUCGAGUCGUUCCCUACAAUUCCAGUUAUUUGAAAACAGAUCAUUUUCAUAUGUCCACAAAUAAACCACGAUAUGUUUAAAGUAACUUUUUGUUUAGCUGGUCCAGUUUUCCUUCCUUAAAAUACUUAAUGUUGGUUCCACUUUUGUCCUGUGGAAUAUACUCACUCCUGACACAAUGAUCCGUUUUCUUGUUAACUGAUUAUUUCAUUUUAAUAUGUAGUAUGUGCGUAAUGUACUUUGUUGCUAGGACUGCAUGUUAUACAAAUGAUUAGUCAAAACUAAUGAGAGACUGAUUUACAUUUAAAUCCUUUUGAAGGAACUUGAAUACAUGAAAAAAGUGUGUGGUUUUACUUUCAACAAAUUUGAGAAAACAUUUUAGUGUAAGUAAGUCAUGACAAUAUUUCAUAUGUUAAAACUUGAUGUGUAAUUGCCAUUCUUAUGUUGAAGACAAUCCCUGGUAUUGAUACUUCAUGACGUGUACUGAACAUUGAGACAUGGUGCUUGUCUGUAUCAUCACCAUGUAGAGAUUAUUUUUGUUUUGUGCUAUUGCAAAUAAAUAAAUGGUCAUAUUUUAA